CACUACUCCAUUCCCCUCGCCGCCGGGCCCUCGACAUCGGUCGAGAGCUUGCAUCGAUCGGGAGCUUGUCAGGAGCCUCCCAUGGCGUCCGUUCCCAGCCGGCAGCUGUGCUGGUUCCUGUUGGCGUGCGUCUCCUACUGCUUGCUGAUCCCUACUUCCUGCACAUCAGAUGGAGCAGUAGCAGCAGCCACCUUCCAUGGCCAGAAGAGAGACGCCGUCGACAUAGUCGGGAGAGCCCUCGUCUGCUUCAACGACCGCUACAUCUACAGCGGGUGCCAGGGGUCGUUCCGGCUGGGCCCGCAGGGCGCGCUGGACGUGCCGCCGGGGUCGGCCGACGCCUUCUGCGGCGGGCCCUGCCUGGCGGAGACGGAGCUCGUGCUCCGCUGCGUCGACGGCGUCAUGAGCAACUUCCGCUUCUACAACGGCGCCACCGCCGCCGACGUCCGCGUCGCGCUCGACCGCGGCUGCGGCCACUCGGGACUCCGCGGCGACUUCGGCGUGCUGAGCCGCCUCGGAGGGGGCGGCGGCGACGGAUACUUCUACGGACGCGGGGCCAAGGUCGUCGGCAGCCUGGCGCCGCCGCUGCUGCUGGGCGCGGCCGCCGGGAUCCUCGCCUGGGCGUGAUCGAUCGUAUCAACGAAGCGCAUGUAGUUUGUCAGUUGGUCAGAUCAUCAAGUAUAGAGUAGUCCUAGGGUAUGGGAGUUGAUGCAUCGAGAUAGGAGACCUGUCAAUCGAGAACUCGAUCGAUUUGUAGCAGAACGAGAAGAACUGCUGCUACUGCAAGGCGCCAAGGCCCAAAGUCACGAACCGAAGUUCUCUAUUGUUCUCUGCUCCAUGUGUUUAACACCCUCCUGAUAAUUCUUAUUCUAGUUACUCUUAUUUUUGUUGGGAGCUUUCUGUAGCAAACUUUUAUCGGAACUAGUCGUACUUAGCAUCAUCUGGGAGUCUUUGCGUUUCACAUAGUUUGAUGUCAACCACACGCAGA